AUGAAUACGCAUCUUGAUAUGCUCAGAUGUUCUACCAAGCUUUACGGCCACGAACCAACUUCACGAUUUGGUCUUCAGGGGGCAAUCGAGCGAACUCUUCAUCCGGGAUUGUCGUGGUUGGGUAAAAGUGCUCAUGUUAAGCUGAAUGAAAAGAAAAUCAGCGAAGACGAUCAGAUAGACUAUGAUAUAAACAUGACGAUGGAUUACGAUAAAGAUGUGACAGCGUCAAUCAUCAAGCAUGAGUCAAUUGGUGUAAUUGCCAAAGCAGAAUAA